UGCAUUUGAAGGCCUGGCUGCACCCUCAGCAUCGUCACUCAAGAUCCUUCUGCGGUGAUUGAAAAGGCUAGCCAGAUAGUCAGCGACUUUUGCCUCUCGAGCCUUCUGAUGGGACUCCGUUCGUGCUCCUGGAUGCGAUACUGUCGGCGAAGGCCUGGACUGCGGCGCUAUAUUCAUCAGUGGGAAGCGACCUGUACCCACAGACGUCCACACAUCAGAUCUUUACGUCUUCUUGCAGCACACGGCCGUGCUCUCGGCAACAGCCUGACAUCUCUCAUCUGCAUCAUUUUCAAAGUGACAUAUCAUCCCGGCGCAUCACUUCCAUUUUCUUGCUAUUGGGAAUAGAUGCUACUGCGACAGCAUGCCAAGAUAUAAAUGUUUC